UGCCCUUUAUUUUACAAGUCUUCGCUAGGUACACGUUGGGCUCGACCGAAUUUACUGUGCUUUGCUCAAUAACUAUUCUAUUGUAUUUAAUAAUUAACUUUUAAUGUGGACAUGCCCUUGUUGUGCAUAGAACAGUGAAGUGUCAAGUGACGAAAGUGAAAGCGAAUUCAAACUGAUAACAUCGUCGAAAAACAAGAUUUUACAAUGUACUGGUUUGCGGUGGUUCUAAUCGCAAUACCAUGCGCCCAAGCACAGUUGACAGCUCAGUCGAGCCUGGCACCAGAUCUGAGGGAAUGCUACACAGUACCCCAACUAGUAGACAGAAACAAUCUACCGCCAGCCACAAUGCCCGUACUCAUCGAUAUCAUCCGCAAGAUAGAGGACAACCCUAACGUCAAUGUCGAUUUAAGACAACUAGCUGUUCUCCUACUUCAUACGUACAGACAAGAUGGUAUCGAAUUCCAUCAGCCCGAAGUGAACUUAGGCGCGGCAUCAACAAUUCUUCCUUUCGCACCCACCUUCCAUUCAUUUUACAGACAUAGGUUACUACUGACUAGAAUUAUUCCCGGGAACUUGCAAACGCUUAGCAACACUACAGUUAACUCCGAAUUAAAGUGCGCUCUACACCACAUGCUCUCUACAACCGUUGACGCUCGCCUGCGAGGCAAUGAGAACAGCUGCAAUCAGUUGUCGCAGUACCGCGCUCUGCGGACUGCAAGGGACGUCACCCUCGUCGAAGAUGACGUAGAAAUUAUUGAUUUAGCAACAUUAAAAGCGGCAAACAAAAAUGGUCACAUGAGACAUCACAAUCCAAAAGAUGAUGUUGAGUACGCAGGCAUUGGUGAUGCGAAGUCCGAACGUCAAGUGUUGGGACAGAGUACCUGUCCGAUACUCGGUGGAGUGGUGAAUACUCGCUGGGGAGCAGUUUCCGCAGGACAUCUCAUAGCGGGCAUAGCGGCUGGAGCCGAACUGCAACAAGUGCCAGUUCUUGAACUGGCUAAAAGCAGUUUCCUCAAUUAUAACAAUGUGCAACAGAGUGUCACCUCUAUCUAUCCAGCUACGCUAUCAGGUGAUUUAGCGGAAGCGGUGCUAAUCCAAGGAACAGAAAGAGGCAAUCCAUCAAUAUCUAUCGGUACUGCAGGAAAUUGGAACAGUUCGCAAGCGACUAGGUUCUACAUGCUACAUAGCCGUAUCAAUGUCGAGAUGACAGACCCAGAGAUACGGGGAGAUAUUGACGGAUUCGUCCUCGGAACGAUUCUAUCCUCAGUACUAAGCGCUUCAAAUACACUUAAGUUGUCGCAGUUAUUGGAUAUGUAUUAUACUCCAAGGAAUGGAGUGUACAACUCCAACCUCCGUGCGUGCAACCGUCAGGCACUAAGUCAGCAGUACAUUACGGCGACCAACUUGGCAUCGGAGACCUACACGUUUGCCGCGGCGCUUGACACCAACAUCCCACUUAGAGGCACAAUCACUGGCGGCAUGGAAGAUCUCGUUAACAGCGCCAUCACUAACUUCCAGACAUACGCUUCAAACAACUUAAACGACCUGAAUUGCGUCACGACGGAAGCGACCUCAGUAGAUUAUCGCUUCAAGACCAAUUUGUACGUAGUACUAGACGCCAUGUGGCAAUUCCAAGCUGUCUACCCCGCGAUAUCCUACCUCAUAGACAACAUCGAAGUCAGCAAAUACGGCUCCAGUAUAACUCUACUGAGCGCUUUCGACGGCAGCGUCAUCGUCAACAAAACCUUCUCAAUAUCUGAUUUUCAUACCAACUACACUUUAUUAAGGCAUCAAAGUUUACCCACAGGAGUGAAUAUGGAAACAUCUUUGACAAAUAUACGCAUAAUGAUGCACAGUGAAUUAGAAAAUGAGAGAACAGCAAACUACGUAGGAGGAAACUCGUCAGUUCUACUGUUCCUACUGAGCAGUGGAAAUAUACAAAUCACACAAAAUGCAUUGGAUCAAGCAAGAAUUCUUAAUGAAACGGUUCCUGAUCUAAGGAUUCUUUUUGCAACUGCAACGAAUCAAUUUGAUAAUUUGUGGAGUAUGGUACGGGAUGUGCAUAAUGAUAUCAAAACUGUGUCUUUGAAUACUGAAGGAACUAAUGUUGAAAUCACCAUGAACCCAGUACUCGACAGGAUUGCUCAAGUUGGCAGAAGGAUUAUAAAUCCCACUUGCGGCUCAACAUAUCCCUCAGACUCGACUUCAGGUACUAGACAAUUCGAAGAUUUCGUUGAACCCGGAUACAUCAACUAUUAUGCUAUAAGCCCUAAUUAUUUCUAUCAGAAUAAUGGCAACAGAAGAGUCCGCAUUUCACGCAGCGGCGUUGGAACGGGAAGCUUGAUUGUUUGCUUUUCUCGGUCCACAGCACAACCCAGACAAAAUGCUACCUUAUCCGGUCUAGAUGAAGGUGCAGUCACCUGUCAAACUUUAGCUACAACAGGAAAUGUAGAAAUAGGUCUUCAGAACCCCUGCGAAGGAUAUUGGACAAUUAAUUCUUGCCCAUUCUAUUAUAUUUCCAUUCAAUCAUCAGUCGCGGCUUCAACGUCGCUGAGCGCCGUCUGUACGGAAAACGCCUGCAGAUUUCCUUACAGCAUGAGAUACCAGGUCCAAAUUGAGGAGUUCGGCUGCUUCAGCAGUGCAGGCUCCCUGGGAGUUAGUGUUGGGUUAUUGCUUUCAGCAAUAUUGUACAGCUUAUUUAGUACCCACUAGUUUAUUAAUGUAUUUACUAAGAAUAGUUGUUACACCAUGUAACACGAAUAAAUCUUAGUCUUCGUUUAGUGUGACAAUACGCAUUUACUUUUCAUUUUUUAUAUAUAAUUUUAGUUAUGUGAUAAAUUCUAUACCACCUAAAAUUAUUUCUGACAUGUAAAUUAGAAGGAUAAGAACAUUAUACAGUAUGAAUCAAACUAUUGGCGUCAAUGUUAUUUCAAACUUUGUAUACACAUUCAUCAAAUAAUACAAUGUGAUACAAGAACAAAAUUACGCUUCCUCUGCGUUUACCUUGAACUUACAAUUGCACUAUGCAACCAAAGCCAACUGGUUAAUUUUCCACUGGAUUCAAGAAUUUUAAAACGAUAUAAAAUAAGAAAAAUAUAAUAUAUUUGCAUUCGUAAGUUAAAUAUAUUUAGGAACAGGGUGAGCAACUUUUGUUAAUUAAAAAUAAGUAAUUUAAAUUGUAGGUAUAUUUAGUGUUUUUGUUGUGAUCGAAGAAUA